AUUUAGAUUUGGUUUGAGAGAGAGAGAGAGAGAGAUCCCUAAACACUCAAUUCAUAAAACGAGUUGGAGUGGUAAGCAUUCCAAGUGGGAAUUCCCAGUAGUGCAACAGGAACACAACAGUGCAGUGACUGCUGCUAAUUACGGAUUUUUUGUUUUCAAAUUGCUACUACUACUUCUUCUUGUUGUUUCCCCCUCAAAUGCUCUAAUCAAUUCAUCACCAGAUAUAUAUCACUCAACACUCAUCCAAAUCAAUCACUAAUAUUCAGCCGCCUGCAACACCAACAGCAACACCAACACCAACACCAGUACCAAUGGCAUUCUUCCCCUCUUCUCUCUCUCCCUCCUAUUCUUUACCCAAUCUUUCUUCUAAAUCCAACAAAAUUUUCACCAAGAUCCACCCUUUCUCUUUCCUCCAACGCCAUCCCAUUUUCAGACCACGUAGCAGUUUGCCGUUCCAAGGAAGGGAGUCGCUGAAUUUUAAUCUGCUUGCUUCUGUUACUACUGCAGAUGUUUUGCUGGAUGAAGCUGUGCAAGAAGUUCAACUUCCAAAGGGUGACACUUGGUCCAUUCAUAAGUUUGGUGGUACCUGUGUCGGAACUUCUGAAAGAAUUAGAAAUGUUGCAAACAUUGUUGUUAAGGAUGAGUCAGAAAGAAAGUUGGUUGUCGUGUCUGCAAUGUCAAAGGUGACGGAUAUGAUGUAUGAUCUCAUACACAAGGCAGAGGCCCGGGAUGAUUCUUACAUAAUUUCACUGGAUGCUGUUUUAGAAAAGCACAAGUCAACAGCAACAGAUCUACUUGAAGGAGAUGAUUUGGCUAAUUUCUUAGCUCGACUGCAUCAGGACAUUAAUAAUCUCAAGGCAAUGUUACGUGCAAUAUAUAUUGCUGGUCAUGCGACAGAGUCAUUUUCUGACUUUGUGGUAGGACAUGGCGAGUUGUGGUCUGCCCAAUUGCUCUCUGCUGUUGUCAGGAAGAGUGGGCUAGGAUGUACUUGCAUGGACACCAGAGAAGUACUUGUUGUAAAUCCAACAAGUACAAAUCAAGUUGAUCCAGACUAUGUGGAGUCAAGCCGAAGACUUAAGAAGUGGUACUCCGAAAACUCAUCGGACAUAAUUGUGGCCACUGGUUUUAUUGCCAGCACACCUCAGAAUAUUCCCACAACUUUGAAGAGAGAUGGGAGUGACUUUUCUGCUGCAAUUAUGGGUGCUUUAUUCAAAGCAUGUCAAGUUACAAUUUGGACUGACGUGGAUGGUGUGUACAGUGCGGACCCUAGAAAAGUUAGCGAGGCUGUGAUAUUGAAGAAAUUGUCCUAUCAGGAGGCAUGGGAAAUGUCAUACUUUGGGGCUAAUGUUUUACAUCCUCGAACAAUUAUUCCUGUCAUGAAGUAUGACAUUCCAAUUGUUAUAAGAAAUAUAUUCAAUCUCUCUGCACCUGGGACAAUGAUCUGCCGACCUGAUGGUUUUGAGAAUGAAGAUGGCGACCGAGUUGAGUCUCCUGUCAAAGGAUUUGCUACAAUUGAUAAUUUGGCCCUUGUCAAUGUUGAAGGAACUGGAAUGGCAGGUGUUCCUGGAACAGCUAGCGCCAUUUUUGGUGCUGUGAGGGAUGUUGGAGCUAAUGUAAUCAUGAUAUCUCAGGCUAGUAGUGAGCAUUCUGUGUGUUUUGCUGUGCCCGAAAAAGAAGUAAAAGCAGUAUCUGCUGCAUUAGAGUCUAGAUUUCGUCAGGCCUUGGAUGCUGGUCGUCUUUCUCAGAUUGCAGUUAUUCCAAAUUGUAGCAUUUUGGCUGCGGUUGGCCAGAAAAUGGCAAGUACCCCCGGAGUUAGUGCUACACUUUUCGAUGCACUUGCGAAGGCUAAUAUCAAUAUACGUGCCAUAGCUCAAGGCUGCUCUGAGUAUAAUGUCACUGUAGUUGUCAAGCGUGAAGAUUGCAUAAAGGCAUUACGAGCUGUGCACUCAAGAUUUUAUCUAUCAAGAACUACAAUAGCAAUGGGUAUUAUUGGACCUGGAUUAAUUGGUGGCACCUUGCUGGAUCAGCUCAGGGACCAGGCAGCAGUCCUCAAGGAAAAGUUUAACAUUGAUCUGCGUGUGAUGGGUAUUACUGGAUCAAAGGCUAUGCUCUUGAGUGAUACGGGAAUUGACUUGUCGAUAUGGAGAGAUCUCCAGAAGGAACAAGGGGAAAAGGCGGACAUGCAGAAGUUUGUUCAACAUGUGCAUGGAAAUCAUUUCAUCCCAAAUACAGCCAUAGUAGAUUGCACUGCAGACUCUCAUGUCGCAAGCCACUACCACGACUGGUUGCGUCGAGGCAUCCAUGUGAUCACCCCAAAUAAGAAAGCCAAUUCAGGACCACUUGAACAGUAUUUGAAGUUGAGAACUCUUCAGCGACAGUCCUAUACACAUUACUUUUAUGAAGGAACUGUUGGAGCUGGUUUACCAAUCAUUAGCACUCUGCAAGGUCUCCUUGAAACUGGGGAUAAAAUAUUGCGAAUUGAAGGCAUUUUUAGUGGGACCUUAAGUUAUAUAUUUAAUAACUUCGUGGGUGCAAGAACUUUUAGUGAUGUGGUGAAGGAGGCAAAAGUGGCAGGUUACACUGAACCAGAUCCCAGAGAUGAUUUAUCUGGAACUGAUGUGGCUAGGAAGGUGAUAAUCCUUGCUAGAGAGUCUGGAUUGAAGCUAGAAUUGGCAGAUAUUCCUGUUCAGAGUCUAGUGCCAGAACCAUUGAAGGAUAGCGCCUCAGCAGAAGAGUUUAUGGAGAAGCUCCCACAGUAUGAUCAAGACUUGGCAAAACAAAGACAGGAGGCUGAAGCUACUGGAGAAGUCUUGAGAUACGUCGGGGUAGUGGAUGUUGUCAACAAGAAAGGAACAGUAGAACUGCGAAGAUACAAAAAGGAGCAUCCAUUUGCCCAACUUUCUGGAUCUGAUAAUAUAAUAGCGUUCUCAACUCAGAGGUACGAGAAGCAGCCACUAAUUGUCCGUGGUCCGGGUGCUGGUGCUGAGGUGACUGCUGGUGGAGUAUUCAGUGACAUAUUACGUCUUGCAUCAUAUCUUGGUGCUCCAUCAUAAUUUCUUACUGCUAAGCUUGAGCUCAAAGGUAUAAGAUAGUUUGUGCUUGACUGAUGCAUCUUUCUCCUCAGUCCAAGCCCACAUUAAUUCCCAUGCGAUUUUGCAGCUUAGAUGAUUUACCUAGUUAUUAUAACCAGAUGGGUCUGAUUCCUUUUCCCUCCCUAUGUUGAAUUUUUAAAACCCUACUCUGUGUUCUCUGUUUAGUUGGAGGGUAUAAUAGAGUGUUUUAAAGGAACGGUGCAGCAUAUUGGCUGUGUGCUUGGCAUAGUUGAUAAUUGCAGUACUGUUCAGCUUAAGCUGAAUUAUCUUUCCUA